AUGAGAACUAAUCUGUCACCCAGGCCUGAUUAGAAUCUAUUUAUACAUGCACCCAGUCUGGAGAGUCUAUCCAUGGUUGCCCUCUCCUCAGAAGCAGGUCCUUCUGAUUGUUGGUUCAAGCCAUCUCCUCUUUAUACCGUCAUAUAUCUAUAUUUGUAUUGUUUCCUCACAGCACUUCCAGUGACAGUUCAUGCCAGUACAAGAUGAUAGAAGGCAAACUGUUGUUUUGAUGUUAGCUGCUUCAGGUACUCUAUUUCCUCAACGCUACUCUAUGGCACUAUGAUGUCAUUAUUGUUUACCUUAGGUUUAAGGUCAUUUAUAGGUAUGACAAGUUUAUAAUUCUAUCUAAUUUUAUCUGUCUGUUUUGAAUCCUGACAGCUUAACAAGUGCGAUGAGGCUCUGGUAAAUUAAUCAUUUCUUUUCAAUACUAAAACUAACAGGUGUGGUUAUAUUUGAAUCGUCCCUAAAAUGUUAUUUUCCUAUAAACUAAGUGUUAUUUCCUUACUACUUACUGGCGUCAUAUUUGAAAGCCCUGGGGUUGACCUCCAAAUUUCUGUUCAGCUUCACAUUUAAGUUGAGUUUUGGGGUGUUUUUAUAUUUAAGAAAACCUCUCUCCAGGUUUUGGGAAUAAAUACUCUAAAUAUUCCUGUUUAUUUGUGCAUUUAAUCCAAAGGUUAAUUUACUUUGUUUGUAGGAUUUCUUGAGUUUUAAAGUCUGAUUCCACUUCUCUGUUUUCAACUCCCCGUCCCCUAUCAGCUCCCAGCUACACGCAUUUAUGUUGUUUCUUGAAAUCAUUUUGAAAUCAGGGCUCAAAUAAGUUCCAUCUCACUUUGAUGGGCACAUCAGGUAUUAUUCGACACCUACACAUGCUUAGAGUUCACAAUGUGGCUGCUCUCCUCUCCUCUCCUUUUCUCUCCUCACCAUCCAUCACUCCCUCCCUAACCCAUGCUCUUCAGAGAUUGACACAGCAUUUUCGGACUAGGGUGCAUGAGUACGCACAGGAGAGUGCGCACAGAUACAGGAUUAUAAUCAGUGAAGGAGGCAGCGGAGGACAAUAAAGGAUUAAAAGAGGCACGCAAUUGAGAUAAAACAAAGAAUAAGCAAUGAGGGAGAAACUAAAAGAAGAAACUAAAAGACUGGAAGAGUGAAGGAGGCGAUUAACUGCUACUUGGUUCUAAAGAUGUGGGAGGUUUUGCCCUGAAAAGUGAUAAGUGGACUUUUGGGAAGAGAAGGGGAAAAAACACUAUAACCACGAAAACAGACAACAACUAAUCUGCCAAUCUUUUGCCACCUCGGUUGUGGAGGCCUGAUGUUUGGGAGCAGGGAGGAGUCUUUCCUCCUACAGUGGCACCUUCCCAGUGAUGACUGGUGCCAUGGGAACAAAUAGAUCCAACAGGUACAGCAUCGUGUCAGACAUCAUACCAGAGGAGGAACUCCAGAAAAUCACUAGCUUGGGGCUGCACAACGGACACCGUUCUCCCAAAUUCCGACUGCACUGUGACUGUGAGGGUGACGACAGUAGAAGGAGGUCUGGAGCCUCCGCCAUUUUGCCCAGCACAAGGGGACAAGGAGGGAUGAACAACUACAACGGCAAGAUUCUGACGAGGGGCUCCAACCAAACGCGGAGCCGCUUUGUGAAGAAGAAUGGACAAUGCAACGUCAUAUUCACCAAUAUGGAAGAGAAGAGGCAGCGCUACCUCGCUGAUAUUUUCACCACGUGUGUGGACAUUCGCUGGAGAUAUCUGCUGCUGAUAUUCUGCACCAGUUUCAUGGUCUCGUGGCUAUUUUUCGGCUUAAUCUUUUACGGCGUCUCCCUGGCACACGGAGACUUUGCGGAGCCCCCACCACAGAAAGGAGAAGGGCUGGUUGUAGGAGGCCCACUCGGACCCUCCUCUGCACAUACAGUCGGAGGGCAGACUCAAAGGAUGCCCUGCAUACUUCAUGUUCACGGGUUCGUUGGGGCUCUUCUGUUCUCUAUGGAGACCCAGACCACCAUCGGCUACGGCUGGCGCUGUGUGACAGAGGAGUGUCCCGUAGCUGUGCUUACAGUGGUGGUACAGUCUAUAGUAGGCUGCAUCAUUGACUCCUUCAUGAUUGGCACCAUCAUGGCCAAGAUGGCUCGGCCAAAGAAGAGGAACCAGACCCUCAUGUUCUCCAAAAAUGCCGUCAUCGCCAUGCGCGAUGGCAAGCUGUGCCUGAUGUGGAGGGUGGGCAACCUGCGAAAGAGCCACAUCGUGGAAGCUCACGUGCGCGCCCAGCUCAUCCGCUCGUACGUCACGGCUGAAGGGGAGUUCAUCCCCUUGGAGCAGAUGGACCUCAACGUCGGUUAUGACGAGGGAACAGACCGGCUGUUUCUCGUAUCCCCGCUGGUUAUCAUUCACGAAAUAGAUCAAGAUAGCCCUCUGUACACUUUAAGUCGAGCUGACUUGGAAGCGGAUGACUUUGAGAUCGUUGUGAUCCUGGAGGGGAUGGUGGAGGCCACCGCCAUGACAACCCAGUUCCGUAGCUCCUACCUUGCGAGGGAGAUCUUCUGGGGUCACAGGUUUGAGCCUGUGAUCUACGAGGAUCGCGAUCGCUACAAGGUCGACUAUUCUCGCUUCCACAAGACCUACGAGGUUACGUCGACUCCCCAUCUCAGCGCCAAAGAGCUCGAUGAAGCCGCGAGUCCGGCCUCCUCCGUCGCGUCUCCUGUAUCAGCAUGUAGAUCCAGACAAAACUUAAUGCCACGAUCACUGAACGCCUUCUGCUAUGAGAAUGAGGUGGCCCUGAGUGGUGGAGAGGAAGAGGAAGACAUGUUCGACUCCAGUCAGCCUGCUGGAAAAGAGAGAGCAGAGGAGAGGAGGACUUCAGUUGACUUCCAAAACAUGUUCCAUGACACCGCAACUAUGACCUCAGGCAGCCACACCGUCAUGUGCGUUUUGGACAUGGAUAAUAACCAGAUGGAGUUUGAUAGCCUACAAACUGCAAUUCCUCUUGAUCCAGUGACCUAUAAGAGCGAUCAAGAGAGCUAAAUCAUGGAGGAGGGGCACAAGCUCCUCAUCUUUCACCCAAAAAGUUGGACCUGUAUGUUAAGCUUUACUCAGUACAUUCAGAAGCUGAAACCCCUUUUGCCUUUCCAAUGUUGCUUUAUGUUUUUACAUGAAUAUAUUUAUUUUCCUUGUGAUGAUCAAAUAAAUACACUCAUAACUUUCCUAAAAAAAGAAAGAAAUGGUUGGAACAAUGAGCACCAUAACAAACAAUCAGAUUCUGCAAAGGGACAAAGAAUCUCUGUGAAAGUAUUGACAGACUUUUGACAACCUUUAACUUUGGUUUCAUAACCUAGGAACAGUGCAAUAGCAGAAACUGAGUUCCCUUUAAGACUGUGUGAACGUGUUUAAAAUUGCCUGUAAUCAGAAGCGAUUUUUCCCCACUGAAGAAUUUUCUCAUUUUUAUUGAAAAGAGCAGAACUCAAGACUUGA